AUGGGGCUUACAAUUAAAGCCAUAUCAAUUCCAUUUUUCAUAUCAUCAUCAUGUGGAAGCAUUCUUUUAGCAGCUAACCCAGCAACUCAGGUUUCUGGUCAAACAGUUGUUGUUACAUGGUGUGGUGCUAGUAUAUCGGAUACAGAUGAUUGGAUUGCGUUUUGGAAAAUAGAUUCAUCUCCAAGUACUACCGAUCACAAUUUUAUACCUAAUGCUUGGGCUUAUACAUACGGUGGAACAACUAAAAAGAAUCAACAUCCAACAGCUUCAGGGCAAGUAUCUAUACAGGUUCCUUCAUUAUUUGGAAGAUACACUGUUUAUUUUUGCAAAAAUGCCGGAUAUACCUGUUCAAGCCCCACUACUGUCAAGGUCGUCGAUCCAACUAUAUGCAAACCAUCUCCUUCGACAACAUCAACAGUCCAACACAUCAUAACUAUUAUUCCUGAAAAUCAUUCUUUUGAUAGUAUAUAUGGAAGAUAUUGUCAAGCCACCACAGGUUCAAAUCCAACUUGUAAUAUUGGUCCAUUUUGUUGUGAAGCAGCACCAACUAGUGUAAAUGGAUCAUUUCCCAAAAAUUUAACGGAUCAAGAAAAUCUUAACUUCAAUCCCAGUCAUAGUGCUUCUUGCGAAAUAUGUGAAAUAAAUAACGGUUCAAUGGAUCGAUAUAUUACUGGGUGUAGUUGUUCAAAUCCAUCCAAUUUUGCUAUUGCCAAUAGCAUAAGUGCAAUUGGUUAUUAUUCAUGGGCAAAGUCAUAUGCGAUAGGUGAUAGGUACUUUCAAUCUGCUGCUGGUGCCAGUACUGAAAACGAUAUGUAUUAUGCGGUCGGUAAAUUCUUAUUUUUGGAUAAUACUGCAGUUCCACAAGAUAAAAAUCUGAAUGGUGCACGUUGUUAUUCCUCCGGUUUCAAAAGUUAUUAUAGUACAACAAUCGCAGAUUUAUUGAAUUACUGUAACAUCUCUUGGACAUUCUUUGCUGAAGGAUAUGAUCAAAAUCCAACCAGUCAUCAAUGCUAUCCAUAUUAUUACGAUGCAGGCGAUGAUCCAUUUACGUUUUUUCCAAGUUUGAUAACUUCUACACAAGUUUCUUCAAACAAUUUCAGAGAUCUUACCAAAUUGUAUUCUGACAUUAGCGCUGGACAACUUCCAGCUGUUAGUUAUGUCAAAACAUUAGGUAUUCAUACUGAACAUCCCGGUGACAGUACACUAACAGCCGGUCAAACAAUCGUACAAAACAUCGUUAAUGCUAUAAAUGCAUCGGAUACAUACAGAGAAAAUACUGUUAUAUUUGUGUCUCACGAUGAAAGUGGUGGCUACUAUGACCAUGUAUCUCCACCACCAAACAGCAUAAUUGAUAAUCAACCAUAUGGUCCUAGGAUGCCAUUUGUUGCUAUCGGAUAUCAAAUUAAACAAAAUUAUAUUUCACAUGUUCCAAUGGAACCGUCGAGUUUAAUUAAAUUUAUUGAAUGGAACUGGUUUAAUGGUUCAACAGGUCAAUUAGGAACUCGUGAUACAGUUGUUAAUAACAUUGGCGAUAUGUUUAAUGAUACAAAAACCGGUGUUACGAUUCCUUCAAACUAA